CAGGAGGGCCGCAGGGGCACCUCAGGUUGGGGUCUGGUGGGAAGGAGCCACGGCAGGAGCGAGACCAUGCUCAUGGCGCGGGACGGCGCGCGAGAUGAGGCCCAGAAGCUGCACCGCAAGUGGAUGAAGCACCAGGCCUUCAUGGCCGAGCUGGCGCGCAACAAAGAGUGGCUGGCCAAGAUCGAGCAGGAGGGUAAGGAGCUGAUCCAGGAGCAGCCAGAGCUGCAGUCGGUGGUGCAGCAGAAGCUGGAGGAGAUGCGCGAGUGCUGGACCCACCUGGAGAGCACCACCAAGGCCAAGGCCCGGCAGCUCUUUGAGACGCAGAACCACCGGACCCUCAGCAACGACCCGCCCACCAAGACCCUGACGGACCUGGACCAGCAGCUGUCCCUGUUGCAGGAGCAGCCCCCGGCGGUGGCCUCUGCCGCUGGCGCCGUCGUCACCGCCGCCUCCUCCACCACCACCCAGCCCACCCUGCUGCAGCCCAGGCCCACCUUCAGCCAGCAGCUCCAGAGGAUACAGACCAUGGAGUCGCAGUUGUACCGCGGAGUGGGCAUGUCUCAGCUGGGGGGCAGCAUGUCGGACGUGGGCGUGGGCGUAGGCGCUGGCGAGCUGCAGGCGGGCCUGCUGAGGAUGGUGGAAGGAGAGGAGCGGCCAGCCGAGACACGCAUCUGCCGCCUCAUCGAGCCGCUCAAGGAGAGGCGCCGCAUCCUGCUGGCCUCCAAGGAGAUGCACCAAGUCAGCCAGGACCUGGAGGACGAGAUUGUGUGGAUCCAGGAGAGACUCCCUCUGGCAUCCUCCAAGGAAUACGGAAACAACCUGCAGAGUGUGCAACAGCUGAUGAAGACAAAUGAGGUGCUGCAGAUGGAUCUGCAGAGCCGGAGAGACCGAUUGGAGGAGGUUCUGGAGAGGGCGGGAGCAGUGGCGGCACUACGCACCCCGGAGGCAGAACUGGUGCGAGAAGGGGCGGAGCAUGCACGGCAGCUGUGGGAGGUGCUUCUGGUGGAGGCGGAGCGUCGUACGGUGAUGCUGGAUGCUGUGUUCCAUGCCCAGCAGUACUACACGCAGGCAGCCAAGGCAGAUUCCUGGCUCAGUGGUCAGAAGCUCCAGGUCAUCAACGAGGAGAGAGGAACGGAUGAGCCAAGCACCCUGAGGCUCCUGAAGGAGCAGCUCGCUCUGGAGCAGACGGUGGAGAACUACGCCGAGACCGUCAGCUUCCUGUCUCAGCAGUGCCGCAGGAUGCUGGAGCUCGGACACCCGGACAGUGAGCAUAUCACCAAGCAGCAGUCCCACAUAGACCGCCUGUACGUGUCGCUGAAGGACCUGGUGGAGCAGCGCAAGACCAAGCUGGAGCAGCAGUACUGGCUGUACCAGCUGAAGCGUGAGGUGGAGGGCCUGGAGAAGUGGAUAGCCGAGCGCGAGGCGGUGGCCAGCUCCACAGAGAUGGGACAGGACCUGGAGCAUGUCACGGUUCUGCAGGAGAACUUCACCAAGUUCACGACGGAGACGCGCGCGGCCGGCCAGAGGCAGAUGGAGUCCGUCAACAAGAUGGUGAAUGAGAUGAUCGACUGCGGCCACGUGGACGCCGCCACCAUCGCCGAGUGGAAGGACGGUCUGAACGAGUCGUGGGCUGACCUGCAGGAGCUUAUGGAGACGAGGAGCCAGAUGCUGGCUGCCUCCCACCAGCUGCACAAGUUCUUCACCGACGGCCAGGAGGUGUUGGUUCAGAUCGAGGGCAAGAUGCGUCAGCUCCCUGAGGUGCGUUCAUGUCAGGUGAGCACAGCCAACCCCGGUACGCUGCAGAGGCUCCUGCACUCGUUUGAGCAUGCGCUCCAGCUCCUCGUCACCCAGGUGCGGCAGCUACAGGAGAAUGCUGCCCAGUUGAGGGCCAUUUACGCUGGGGAGAAGGCAGACGCAAUCCUGGCCCGUGAGCAGGAAGUGAUGCAAGCCUGGAGGGAACUGCUGGUUUCCUGCGAGGGCAGCCGUGUGCAGGUCACCACGGUAACGGACAAGGUGCAGUUCUUUGCCCUGGUGCGAGAGCUGAGCAUGUGGACAGAUGGCAUUAUGGGCCAGAUUGGACCCCAUCCGGACAGUGCUAGGGACGUGUCAGGUGUAGAGACGAUGAUGUCCCAGCAUCAGAAUCUGAAGGCUAAGAUGGAGGCCAAGAGCAAAGUCUUCACCCAGUGUGUGGAAAUGGGAAGGAUGCUCCUAGCAGCCCGUAACCCUGCAUCUGAAGAGGUAAAGGAGAAGCUGGACCAUGUGAUGGCCAAGCAGAAAGACCUGAAUGAUCGAUGGGACCAGCACUGGGAAAAACUGCAGCACACGCAACAGAGACUCCAAGAAGCCCAGAGGAUUCAGGCCGAGAAGGCGUGGCUAACCUCCAAAGAGCCAAUGAUCAGCCCUGCCAGCCCACGUGAAAUGAUGGGCGGGACAGGAGGGGCCGAUGAGGUGGAGCAGCUGAUUCGUCGGCAUGAGGCAUUCCGGAAAGCUGCGGCCACAUGGAAGGAACAUUUCAGCUCUUUGCGACAGGUGGAGAAGCUAAAGGAGGAGAAGAGCAGGCAGUCUUCUUCUUCAUCGCUGCUCAACAGGCAGAUGUUUCCUCUCUCCUGCCUGGUCGGGAGCUCGUCCUCCUCAUCGUCCUCCUCCACGCCCUUCAGGCAGAGUCUCCAGGACCAGCUGGACAUCAAGUCUGGCCCAGACGUGCCACAACUGGCUGCCCACUCCCUCGCCCAGAGACUGGGAACUCUGGCAUCCUACAGCCCUGUCAUGAACGGCUCGUCUUACCACGGCCUCAACCCACAAGCUGGGGUCGGCAUGUCGGACAAUCCGGGCUAUCACGUGCUGGUCCAACAGGCCGGGCAGCUUGGAGUGGACAGCUCCAGUUACCAUGGGCUAAACCAACAGGGUAUGAUGGGGGUGGACAGCUCCAGCUACCAGGGGCUGAACAAUCCUGGCAUGGGGGGUGCCGCCGCUGGCAUGAUGCCCGAGCCGAAGAUGGCGUACGCGUGGCAGCACCUGAAGACCGACUGCAUGCAGCCCAAGCUAAACCACAUCCACAAGGCCGUCCCAGCGCUACUAGAGGCUCACCACGCCCAGCAGCAGCAGCAGCAGCAGCAGGGCCACCCGGUGGGCGAGAUCCACCCAGGCAUCGGCAUCGACAGCUUGGAGCUGCUGCACGGCCGGCUCCAGAGGGACCCCCGCGGCAGCCGCUCCGACCCCCAGAUGGACCACCUGCGACGGGAGCGCGAGUACAGGCUGGGCCGGCAGACCUCCAGCGAGCAGGAGAUCCAGGCGCGCCUCAACGAGCUGCCCAUGAUCGUCAGGCAGGAGCGCUACCGCCGGCGGCUCGAGCGGCAGUCGUCCAGCGAGCAGGAGCAGGCCAGCGGCCAGGCCAGUGGUCAGGCCAGCGGCAAGCCCAGCGACCAGGAAUCUGCCACAUCGGACAAGAGGCCUGGGGAUAAACGCUCCACAAUGGCUGAGAUUGUUGAGCAGGUUCAAGAAAGAGAGGCAGCACAAGCCCGAGGGGAAGUGUACCGGCCCCCCAGUGUUCUCUCAGCACCAUGUGGCCGCCUAGACCGCCCGCGGGCGAGGGACCGGCCCAAACCUCGGAGGAGGCCGAGGCCCAAAGAGCCAGAGGAGACGACCCGCCGCUCUCGAUCGGCGCCCGCCCAGAGUGCGCUUGCUGUGCCAGCUAUCCCCAGCCACACCGUCCAGGUGGAGGGCUUUCUCUACCGCAAGCACGAGCCUGAGGGCAAGGAGAAGAGUCCCAACAGCAAGUCCUGGGUGAACCUCUACUGUGUGCUCACCAAGGGAGAGAUUGGUUUCUACAAAGAUGCCCGACACACCACCACGCCAUACAAUGACGAGCCACUACUCAACCUCAACACCUGUACCUGUGACAGUACGAAUGGAUACAAGAAGAAGAAAAACGCCUUCAUCCUGAAAGUCCCAAAUUCAGAUGACUAUAUUUUCCUGGCCAAGGAUGAGGAGGAGUUCAAGAAGUGGGUGUCCAGCAUCAACGCCUCCCUGAAGGAGCACGAAGACAUCAUCAAGUGGGAGAAGCCCACCACCUCGUCCACAGACCCAGACAAGUCGGAGCUGAAUGUGCGCUCGGAAGGAGCUGACCGGUCCGAGGGAGCCGACCGCUCGGAGAGAGGCGACGGCUCGGAAAAGGCUGACGGCUCGGAAAAAGUCGACACGUCGGAGAGGGUGGAGGGCCGGGACCCAGGGUCGAGCACUUCUGGCAGGAGCAAAUGAUACAUAGUCACUCGUGUGAGAGGUUAUCCAUCUACCAGUCAGUCAAUCUAUCUAUCAAUCAAUCUAUCUAGCUAUCUUAUCUGUCUAUCUAUCUAUCUAUUUAUUUAUUUAUCUAUCCAUCUGUUCACCUACCCAGCCAUUUAUCUGAGCAGAGGUGAAAGAGGAAGGUUUAUUUUUCAAAGUUUAUCCCUCUUUCAGUCUCUCUUGCUUUCUCUUUCACACAACUCUUCUCCCUCUGUCUGCCCACAUUACUUUGCUCUCUCUGUUUGAAUUUCUGCCCGGGUGUGGCUGAGUAAUGUGCGUGUGUCCACAUCAUAAUAAGCUAACUAUGGGUAUACAUCACUCUAUAUUACCACACAGUAUUUCUAGGUAUGCUCUUCUGAAGACUAUUCAAGCCUUUGGAGAUGGUGAAGUACCCCAAAAUGCAGGAAAAAAACAAUCUUUUUUGUUGUUUUCUGGAGCAGUGUAUACACAUUUGUUGCUUUAAAUAGUUAUUAUUUAUGUGAUGUGGUGUGUAAAAUCUACAGUUCUACAGUUCUUCCAAGUUUUUUUUUAUUCUGUCAGUGUACUUUGAUUUAGCAGAUUUGCAUCUUCCAGUGAUACUGAAGCCACUAACAAAAGCGCACACCCACACACACAGACACAUAGACACAGACACACACACACACACACACACACACACACACCUUGUGAUAAUAUAACCCAUACGUAGCAUGUGUCUACCCACUUCACAAGAAAAAUAGAAUGCUAUUACAUCAUGGGAACCAAAUGAUCAGCUUCACUCCAUUUCUUUGCAGAUCAUCUAGAUUCCAGAGGUUUCAGUGGGGUACACACAUUGUAUACUUGUAGCAGUGUGUAUUUAUUCUUAACUACAACUUAACACCUUAAAGGGCAGCACUGCAGUGAUAUAACUUAAAGGGGUGGGGGAAGGUUGGCGGACCACAUACCUUUAUGUUUCCUCUGUAGUGUAUUUGUACUGGGCGUGUCUAUUCUUCUAUUCUAGGGGCGUGUUUCCCUUCAAAAAAAAUGUCGGGUAGUCUUUUGUCUUAAAAAUUGUCGUGUUUUAGGAUACCAUGCUGCCAGACUUGUACUAACCUUGAGCAUUAUGCUUUUCCAAUGAAAUAUGUGGGGAGGAACCUGCAAGAAAAUGUGAACAUCCUGUAUGUAGGGAAACCUGGAAAUCAUAAUAUUGUCAUUACAGUAAUUAGGUAACAUAAUCAAAUCAACAUUCAAGAUAGACAACAAGUCUUACCCAUUAUAAGUAGAUAGCUUGCCUACUAAGGACAUCUUUGGCUUCUCCAAGCUGUCCCUGGAUUGUACCUUUGAGACAGUUUACUAGUUAAUAAUGAAAUCAGAGGUGGGUUGUCUGAGCAUCCAAUGCUUUACACAACAAUUCACAAAUGCACAUGCUUGUGUUCAUCUGUGUGUACAUGUGUACAUCUGUGUUGACACUAAUGUAUGUGUGAAUGUGUGUGUGCCUGUGUGUGUACACUAGUAAAUCCAAUCCAACAAGCUGUAAUCAGUUGAAAACCAACCUCUUUUUCCAUUUGUAAAAAAUAUACAACACAGCAAGCUAAAUGUGUAUUCAUGGCUGGCUAUAUUCAGUAAAAUGUAAAAACGAGAGUCAGUCACUUCAAUUAGAUAUUGUUAAAAAUGCAUUUACCACGUUGUAUGCAGGGAAAAGCUCUUUCUUCACUUAACACUGCUUAUCAGGUUUUUGUCAUACUUUUUUUACAUAUCUUGUAGCUAAACCACUGGUCAGUAACAGUGAAUGCUAUGACCAGGGUGUGUCUGAUUCUCCUUCACUGUAGGUCAGUGGGGUGUUUUGUUACUGUUGCUGUUGUCUUUUGUUUGUUUUUUAGCUGUGUGAUGGAGUUUAAUUCAUUUUCAGAUGAAGUUGCUGCUUGCAUUGUGUGUGGCAUCUCUGAUGCUCUCUCACUCGCGCUGUCAGGGAAUGAAUGUUUGCUUACUCUUUUUACAGCCACAUUUGUGGUGGUUUUCCUGCCUGCCAGAACUAUUCAUAUGCAUUCAAUUAGUUAUUUUAAUUAUAGUUUAUUUAUUUAUUUCAUUGGGGCAAGGUGAAUGCCUCAUGGAGAAUCACUUGCAUUGGUCUAGGCUAUACAAGAAACUCCCAGUUUGAUCCCUAACCUUGAACACGAAGACCAAACUGAGAGAAGAGGCAAACAAUUUCACUCAUACUAUUGCAUGAUAGUUGUUUCCAUCAUGCCACAAGAUCAACAUUCUAGGUGUUUUCUCUUGCAAAAUUGUUCAGAGUUCCACAACACUUGCUUCACUAAAAAGGUGGAGUGGUGUGUUUGUAAGGGGGCAAAACUAUUUUCACAAGACACCAUUGCUAUUUACCUCAGUGUUACAUGGUCAGCAUAAUGGAAAGUAAAUUCAUAUCUCACACAUCUCCGCAUGCAUAAAACACAGUGAACAUGUCCUGUUCCUUUAUUGGGUAUUAGAGAGCAGCCACUUCACUAGAAAAUUAUGAAUGGUGCUGGAAUAUGUGAAAAUACUGAUUAUUAUUGCCAACUACAGGAUUGCAGCCUUAAAAAGUCUCUGUCAAAUGUUUAUCUACUUUAUAGCUUUGUGUGUCAGACAAUUUAGUAGACCAGUUAUUCACCAACCCUUCUGAAUCACAAACCCCUUGCAAACACUGCAGUCACAACAAUAUACUGCUUUUUUUCAAAAGAAAAUAAAUUGAACAUAGCGCUUUGUAAAUUACAUUUUAAUGAUGUCUUUUGGCUACCGAUACAGCCAUUUCUGCUGCUAUGGGCUUCACAUGUAUGUUCACUCCAAAAAGACGCAAAACCAAACACUACCAUCAAACAGGAAAGGGGACUGAUGUUACAAGUGUUGUUUGCCAAUACACUUCACCCUAGGUUGUACUUAAAGAGACACGCCACUGUACCACACAGACAAGCAUUAGUGAUAGAGGAGCUAUGGGAAUUCCCAGUGAAACCCUUUAACAGUGAUCACACAUACAGCAAACUGUCAGUAUAUCAUGUAGAGUUGUGUAAACAGACAUACUGUGUAGUUGAGGAAUGUACAGUGUACAAGUAAGCUAUGUCAGCUGAAACUCAUUGCCCUCUGUGCUUUUGGCUUACUGUGGUAGUAGCU